AUGGAUAAGAAUGUGAAAACAAAGAAAAAACGCGACACCACCGAAACGAUAUGCUGCCGAAAAGAGGACUCUCAUAAUGACACGACAGCAUUAACACGAACCUUUCAUUUUUGUGAUAUUUUCAGCAAUAUUGCUGGCUGGAAAUUCAGCUACGUUUGGAAAAGUAAUCCGAGACAUCGUUUGACAUGCAGUUUGAUCGUUCUCAUUUGGUCUCAAUGCAUUUAUUCGCAAAUCAAAUUUUUUACGAAUGGUGAAUACAGGAGACUUUUUGAAGUAUUUGCUUUGUAUGGAAUUGGCGCGUCGGUUGCUCAGAAACCUUGGAUAUUUGUGAAAUACUACAAAGCGCUGGCAGCACUACGCAACUUCAAUUUUAAAAUUAAUCGAAAAGCUGGCAAGCAUAUGGCUGAAAAACUCAACAACCAGCAACUGAAUAACUUUAAACUAUGCAAAUUAAUUGUAUUCGUUGUACUUCUCGUAGAAGUAAUUUUUUCGUACUACCCAUUAUCGCAACUGGUUUUUAGUGGAAAACUAGUCCCCCUUCUACCCAUAGAAAUAAUGUUUAUGGAUCAGACGAAGUUGUUUGACUAUUUAAUCGCAAAUUCAUUUAUAACGGUUGCGGGUGUGUCGGCUGCGUUCACAUUUUUGAGUGUGCUCUUCAACUUUUUGAUGGCAAUUUUUAAUUGUUCGACGCAAGUGGAUCUUAUUGAAGACGAUUUCCAGCAAUUGGACACCCUUUGGAAGCACCCGAAGACCACAACUUUGGUCCAACGACAUAUGUUUUUAAGGAACAUUUGUCAGAAGUGUCAGGAUAGAUAUAACUUCAUGGCCGAAGUCAAAAGGAUUUUCGACGGACCCAUUUUUUGUUACUUUUGUGUUACUUACAUGGCACAAGUCGUUUGCCUGUAUGAAAUUAAAAUGGAAAAUUGGAUUCCGGGUUAUUCAUUUGCGUUUGGUGCAUUUUUCGAAAUGUUCAUGUAUUGCCUUAUAGGGACUGAGAUUUCUAAGAAAAACGAACGACUUUGCUCCGUACUAACACAGUCCAAUUGGUAUUCAUACGACAUCUGUUCGCAAAAGAUAUUUUUGGAUUUAUUGAGAUCAUGCAUGAACGCCAAGGAGCUGUGGAUUGGAAGUCUAGCACCGUUGUCGGUUAUGACUUAUAUACAGAUGGUGAAGAGCAUUUACUCGUACUACAUAUUUUUGUCGGAAGUUGUGUAGGCAAUUUGGGAAGUGUCAUAAAAGCAAACUGAGACCGUUCACCGUUAUCAGCCAGUUCACCAGUUCAAGAUAUUUACCAUUUUACCACAAUGUUUGGUGUAUC